UAUUUGAAGUACUUUGUUAAUUUGUUGAGAUACUUUGAUUGAAAUAUUGGUAUUAUUAUUGAUUUAUGAUUAUGAUAUUUUUCAAUUUAAUGAUUAUUUGAAUUUUGCUUGUUCUUGAUUAUUAAUUUUGCAAUUUGACGUUGAUUGUUAUCCUUCAAGUGUUGGGUUGUGAAUUAUUGCUAUAUAUACAAUUUGGCUUAGUUUAAAUCGUAUAGUAAUAGUGAAGUAGUCCCUAAUUUAGGUCGAGUCUGCGAUUAUGGUUUGGCUUAAAUUAGAGAGCAAAAUCAAUCUAAAUAAUCUGUCAUUAAUGUGAUUAGAUUAGUUAGGACUAAUGAGAUCUCCUAAUUAUUAAUGCUUCCAAUUCUGAUUCAUACAAGUUGCGAUCAUAUUUGUGUUAAUUAGAUUGGUUUAGAGUCAAUUUCGGCUUAGUUCAAUUUUGAUUUCAAGUAAGGGAGAUAGGGAGUCUUUGUUAUCUUAGGCUCUACAGUUAGUCUAGUUGUUAAAAUGAUUAAUUUCGUAAGGUUGAUUGAUUAAUAUUAUCAAUAGUUUAAUUUUUAGUAGAGUUAUAAAUAGAUUCGGUCAAGUUGGUUGUCACUUGUAAAUAGUAGUUUAGUAUUAGUUUUAAUAUUAACAAAUAACAAUUUCAUAAACCCCCCCAUAAUCGUAAGUAUGUAAAUACGUAAAUAGCGAGCGUAAAUAUUGUGUAUGUAUUGUAUAUGUAUAAUACUUCUUUUUAGUUUUAAAUUUUGAGUUUAGGAAGUUAAAAGUCUUCCUGUGGGAUCGACCCUUUCUUACCCUUUUACUACUUGUUAAUAUUUUUUUUUAAGGUCUAAGAUAGGUUUUUAAUUUAAUACGGUAAACGACACGUAUCAAAUUUUGGCGCCGUUGCCGGGGAGAUUUAUACUCUUUACAUACUUAAAGUUUAACUAUGAUACUAACUUUUAUUUUGGAAUUUAGUUGAUAAAAAGGAAAUUAGUCCUUGUGAUAUUGGGUGGUCUAAAUAUCCUUUGGUUAGGUGGUAAUUUCUCAGCUUGUAGUAGGUUUCUUAAUUUUUUUUUUCCUACUAUGUGCUUAUUUAUUUCUUUCUUGUUGACUGAUAUUUGGAUUAUUCAAAAUGCCAGGGACACUUAUUCUACAAGUCUUAGUAGUAGUUUUCAUUGAUUCGUGCAUAGUAUUUUUUUUUAGUGAAUUUCCUAUUUGUACUUAUCAUUGUGAGUAGCUCUUCAAUUAUAUGUUCUGCUAAUUUUGAAAUCUCUUCAUUUCUAUGCCUUCUUAUGUAUUGUGAAUAAUGAAGUACAACUAUUAGAUGAAGAAAACAGAGUGUAAAGCAAUAGAAAGCUUGAGUUCAAAAGAAAAUAAUAAUAAUAAAAAAUUUCUCCUAAAUUAUAUAUGUGUUACACUACUAGAUCCUGUUUUCAUGGUGCUUUUAACAGUUGUAGAUUUCAGAUUUGCGAUGUCGCUUGCUACUACUGGUUAUACUCCAUGCUAGUCUAUAUUAUGGUGUAUAAUCAAGCUAUGCAGUAACUUUCUUGCAGUGGAAUAAGAAUUGAAUAAUUUGAUAAUCUAUUUUGUGAUUAAAGUCUUGUGAUGUUACAGGCCUCAAUCUACUUUUACUUUGCUGAAAUAUUCAUUUUGAGUAAUCACCUAAGUUUAUUAUUUAGAAUUUAUUUAUAUCUUGUUCUAUCAUAAGGUCAUAGAACAAAUUAUAUGGGGUUAUCUACAUAGAUUUCAUUGAGUUAUUGCUUGUUUUUGUGUGAACUAUAUGGCUGUCUGGAAAUUCCGGUUUAAAAGUUGUUAAAAAUACUCUUUUAUUGUCACACUCAAUGAGAUUUCUUGUUAAAAUUCACAUUUUUUUUAACUUUCUAAAAUCAACUGAAUCUGAAUUUGUAAAACAGGAACUUGUUUAACAAAUGCACAACAUGAUUGAUAUUGUGUAAUUGGUCAGCACUGUUUUCUGAAUUCAUUCUAAUGAAUCCUAUUUUGCAGUAGUUGUAUAGUAGAUAAAAGUAUGAUGCUCAUUAAAUAUUAUGGAAAUGUAUAGUGUUUCAUGGUGUUGGUUACUUUGUUUCUCUUUCUAACUGAUUGUAGUGGCUUGAAAUGAAUUCAUGACUCUUUUAUGCUUUAAAAGUAAUCAUUAUUAGGUGAAUCAAUUCUGAUGUUCAUUUUGAGAAAUCAUGCCAUACAAGAAUUCAGUUCUGAAUAGAGUUUAAAUCUUAUCUUAGGAAUUGAACAUGCUGCUUACAUUUUCAUUCUUCCAGAUUAAUUAAAUGCAACAACUGAUUUUUGUUGUUGUUCUCAUUUAAGUGACCUGAACUGUUAAGAUUGUCCAUGACAUUGUGUUGAAGUAUAAUGCAUGUUUACAACUUACUACCCCAUAAUUAAGAUUGUGAAAGUUUGAUCUGUUAAGCUGUUUGUUUUAAAUCCUCUUUGUAUUCAGUUUAUGUUCUGUAGCCCAUAACCGAUUCUUCUAUUAAGUUUGGCUAGGAAUAAUUUGAUAUGCCCCACAACUGAUAAUUGGUCUGGCUUGCUAAUUUGUGUUCUGGUCAGUUAUUUAAUUUGGACUUCUAGUGAAUUCUGAAAUAUAUAUUGCCAGAUACUUGUUGAAAUCUAGAAUUUGUUAGUGUUUUCAUAACUGAAGACUCUCUUGAGCUUAAACUUAUGUCUAAUAGUAUAAGAUCAUUAGUUAUGCACUAAGUUGUUCAUCAUGUCCCUAAUUAACUAAUAAUUACUUUUCAGGUACAUGAGCGGUGACACACCUAAUUCUAAACUCAAGCGAAUCAGGCAGUAUUUAGAUCAAGAGAGAUCAUUCUAUUCUUUUCAAACCGAUCAACCAGAAGAAUUGAAACCAGAGGAAGUUGAAUCAACAGAAGAUAGUCUAAAAGGAGAGGAAAUGAGUGAAAGAACCUUGAAGGAGAUGGCAGCCCCAAAUACAGGAGAUGAUCCUCUCUGCAUUGUGUUUCCGGAGCUGGACAAACCCCUCAAGCUGAAUUCAGGUUUCCUUAAUCUUCUUCCCAAAUAUUAUGGGAAGUCAGGUGGUAAUUGCUUGAGAAGGAGCCAAAGCCUGCUGGAUUUACACUUGACAAAUAAAAACAAUUACAAAAGUAUAAAGGAGUUAAAGAAUAGAGAAAACAAAUCAUGCUUUGAUUUGUUGGGUUACACGUGAGCAUAUAUGGGAAAGUAAUGCUAAUGUCUUUGAAGCAAUGAACUCCAAAAGCCCAUUACGCUCACCACCGCAUCAUAUUCGGCCAAACAAGAGCUACGUUGCUGCCGCUUCUUUAUCACGCUAGAUCAAAGAUACCCUCUCAGAUAAUUCUCUAAAAAUUGGGAAGGAAACCCUGCUUUUCGCCCAUAUUCGUAGGAAGGCAGUUCCGAUAUCUAUGGCAAAAAAAGGUAGGGUUUAUCAUAUAUAAAUUGCUGCUCAAACCCACAAAAAAAAGGGGAUCCGAAAAUCACACAGAGAGCAAGGAAAUUCGAGUGAGUCGUAAUUGGGCAAUUAGUGAAGAGAAGAUAGCCAUUGGAGGGAAGCUUAGUCUCAAUUCCAAGGUUGAACAAGGUCGACGGUGGAUCGCAAGGUUGAAGCCUAGGUUCUCUCGGAUGUUCUUGGGAGUAUACUUAAUAAGUCUUCUUCUUACCCAAUUGUUUAUAUUACUACUUAUUUGAAGUACUUUGUUAAUUUGUUGAGAUACUUUGAUUGAAAUAUUGGUAUUAUUAUUGAUUUAUGGUUAUGAUAUUUUUCAAUUUAAUGAUUA